CUCAACACCUAACCACUCUCCACUCCAUACAACCAAACAAAAUUCAACUUCAACUAUGUCUUCCUUUACCGAGCCCGAGAUCUCCCUCGAUCAACUCUCCACCCACUCCUCUCUUUCAUCUCUCUGGAUCGCCGUGCACGGCAACGUCUACGACCUUACAUCAUUCGUCUCCGAUCACCCCGGCGGCAUCGAAGCCCUCCACUCUGUCGGCGGAACCGACGGUACCGAAGCUUACGAAUCCGCCGGUCACAGCGAGCUGAACACCAAGAAACUCCAACAAUUCCUGAUCGGGAAGCUUCAAGGAGCGCAUCCCUCCCUUUCGGUAUCUUUCUCCGCUUCUGUCAUAAUGACCAAGGGUAAGAUCAAAAAUACGGCGUCGAGUCCCAAAUCCUCGAAGGUUCUAUUCCGCUUGGGCAUGAUCGAGUACGUUCUAGCGCUUGUUUGUCUCGUAUGGCUCCACCACAUAUUCCUCGCCCCCGUUUUUGAGGCGGCUGGGGAAAACAAGGAAGAACGUGAUGGUGGUAGCAGUGUAGGAGUGAGUGCUGUAUCUGCGUUCGCCAUCGGUACUACGGUAGCGUCUUUGGUGGGUCUUGCGAUUACAAUUGGGAUGUGGGGCAUACCGAUUUGUUCCAACUGGAGGAGACGGUUUUCAGAGAGGUUUCAUGGCUGUUGCACAUCUGGCUGUUAUAUUUUCAUUAUCAGCCGCAUUACGAGACAAAUGGAUGUCAAGAAACAAUGAAACGAUGUAUC